AUGUUUGAAAAGAAAAGAAAAGAAAAAUAUCUCAAUAUUUUUCUUUCGUUCAAUUUUGCAUUUUUGUCCCCCUUUUUUUUUAUUGCUUUGGAACACGUUUUUACUUACUUUGGUAUACGUCCAUUUUUUCUUUCUCUCUUUCUUUUUUCUUUGUUUCUUUUUACCGUACAUUACGUUUUCUCUGUAUCCUAUUUUGUUUCAUUCGAAGCAGCUAACUUCUUUCUUUUGUUUAUUUCCUUCUUUACGCCAUUUUUUUGCGUUUCAUCAUUUCCCUUUAUACCUCUUUCUUUCUUUCUUUCUUUCUUUCUUUCUUUGUAUACCCUCUUUCUUUCUUUCUUUCUUUCUUUGAACAUGUUUUUACUUACUUUCUUUGACAUACACCCUUUCUUUCUGUCUUACUUUCUUAAUUUCUUUAGUAUACCCUCUUCCUUCCUUCCUUCCUUCCUUCCUUCCUUCCUUUUCCUUUCUUUCUUUCUUUCUUUCUUUCUUUUUUUUUUUUUUUCUUUGUUUCUUUGUUUCUUUCUUAAUUUCUUUAGUAUACAAUCUUUCUUUGUUUCUUUGUUUUUUUCUUUGUUUCUUUCUUUCUUUGGUAAGCAUCCUUUUGUCUUGCUUUAUUGCUUUGGAACACGUUUUUUCUUUCUUUUGUAUACGUUCUUUCUUUUUUCUUUCUUUCUUUCUUUCUUUCUUUCUUUUGUAAGCGUCCUUUUGUUUUGCUUUAUUGCUUUGGAACGCGUUUUUACUUUCUUUCUUUGGUAUACGUUAUUUCUUUCUUUCUUUCUUUCUUUCUUUCUUUCUUUCUUAAUUUCUUUAGUAUACCCUCUUUGUUUGUUUGUUUGUUUGUUUCUUUCUUUCUUUCUUUUCCACAUUACUUUUUUCUUAAACAUUUUUUCUUCUUUGCAUCUUCCUUAUUUCCAUUCUUUAAUUCCUUUUUGUUACAUUUUCCCCGGCUAUAAUUCAAGAUUACCAGUGGUUUAUAUUCGCAUUCCCUUUUUUCUUUCUUUUUCUUUCUCCCUUGGUAAACGUUCCUUCUUUCUUUCUUCUUUUCUUUGUUCCUUUCAUUCUUUGAAACGCGUUCUUUCUUUCUUUCUUUCUUUCUUUCUUUCUUUCUUUCUUUCUUUCUUUCUUUUGUAUAUGGUCUUUCUUUCUUUCUCACAUUACUUUUUUCACUUCCAACAUUUUUCUUCUUUGUAUCAUACUCAUUUCGCUUCUUUACUUCCUUUUUAUCACAAUUCCCUCGGUUCAUCUUUUGUUCUUUCUUUUUUCUUUUUUUCUUUCUUUCUUUCUUUUUUUCUUUGCAAUACACGUUUAAAUCAACUCGCCCUUCAUUCUCUCCCUUGCACAUCUUAA